CAGAUCGUGAGAACCAGUCUAUCCUCAUCACCGGAGAAUCUGGUGCAGGAAAGACUGUCAACACUAAGCGUGUCAUCCAGUACUUCGCAAUAAUUGCAAUGACUGGAUCCAAGAAGGCAGAGCCUACACCUGGCAAGAUGCAGGGUUCCCUGGAAGAUCAAAUCAUUGCAGCUAACCCACUGCUGGAGGCAUAUGGUAAUGCCAAGACUGUGAGGAAUGACAACUCCUCUCGCUUUGGUAAAUUUAUCAGAAUUCAUUUUGGAACCACUGGCAAGCUGGCUUCAGCUGAUAUUGAAACAUAUCUGCUGGAGAAGUCCCGUGUCACCUUCCAGUUGUCUGCUGAGAGGAGCUACCAUAUCUUCUAUCAGCUGAUGACAGGCCACAAG